CUAUCUAGAAGGUUAUGAAAAGCUUUAUUUUCUUGGUGAGGAUGCUGAUGAUACAGCAGCAUCCAGAGUUAAUCUCUUCAGUCUUGGUGGGUAUGGAUCACCACAGAUGCCAAUGAUGUAUAGAGGUAAUGCAUGCAAAACCACACAUGUAGUAUUAUGUGGUAGACAGUGCCUCGGAGCCAUUUUAGCAAAACUUCCCCCUAGACAAGUAUCUGAUGUGUACAUACAGUCCAAUUUCAAAGAACUUUUGCCAAAAUGUUCCAAACUUCAUAAUGUGAAUUUCAAAAGUUCAUAUUAAAAUUCACAAACUGGUUUGUAAAUAAAUAUAAAACCUCUGAUUGGUCCAUGAAUUGAAAGAAGCCAAUUGAAUGCUUACAAACUGGUUUGUGAAUACAUAUUAUUAUGAACUUUGGAACUUCAGAACAUUUUAGCAAAAGUUUUGUGAAAUCGACUGUAAUUCUGUGACUGGUUCGUCCCAGUUCACUUUUUCCUUUCUUUCCUCUCCCAUUUUCUGAUAUUCUCUUGUCAUUGAUCUUUGCACAUGGGUAUUGAAAGCGUUCUCUCAUCUUAUUUCAGAUCCUCAACGGAACUUUGAAAGACUUGUUCUGUCUCUUCAGUCGGGCCUGCCAAACGAAGUGGACUUUGCAAUCAACAUUUGCGUGCUACUGUCAAAUGUCAAUAAUUCUGUCUUCAACCUUACUAAGGUAUGACUAGAGAAGUUUAUAAGGUGCGAUUGUUGCAAAAACAGAAAAAAACAUCCCCCAAAAAAGAAUCCCAAAACACACAUACACAAGUAGAUUGGUUUUUGAAUCCUUUGAGUGCCAGCUCUCUUGCCUUGACAAGCAAAAUUGUCUGGUGUUAGACAGAGUAAAAUAACAAAGUACAGGUAUAUGUACCCCAAAAACUAAGGUAUCUCAAAAACCACAAGCUUGAUUUAUUGUCAUUAAGUAGAAGUUAAAAAAUGACUCAUCUUAUAUGAGUUCAUUGACGAAGUAAUUUUUAAAAUAAACUUUGUCUAAACCGAGAAAAUCAAAGCUAAAGUUUAUGUAAAUUAACAUGAUUUUUUAUCACAUAUAAAGAUACGACACGCUUAUGAUUUUUCUUUGUGUUUUCCUCCUGAAUUAUUAAUGAGUUUUUUAACUUUUGUUUAAUGUGCUUAAUCUUUUCAGAACAUUUGCCUCAGGUGUGUUGGUUUAAUUAAUGUUUGUUUUCUCUUUUGCAGGCACCAGCAGUCAUUGAUAUGAUAUUAGCACAUGUGGGUGUGUUUGAAGAAGGUACAAUGGACCAUUUGCAUUAUAGACUAAAUUUUGAUGUAGACAAAAAUUUCAUCACAGCUUGAAAGAGCAUCACAAAAUUAGUAAUAUUCCAAAGUUUCGUUGCGAAAUGUUGUAAAAUGCGGAUAAUAUAGCCUUGCGAAGUUUGCCGUUUUUCAGUCAUUUUGUAUUACGCGCGGGAAAUUGACAGCCCAAUCGGGUGUUGGGACAUCAAUUUCCCGUUUGUAAUACAAAAUGACUGAAAAUUGCAAAUUUCGCAAGGCUAUAUUAUCUGCAUUUUACAACAUUUCGCAACGAAACUUAGGAAUAUUACUAAUUUUGUGAUGCUCUUUCAAGCUUUGAUGAAAUUUUUGUCUAGAUCAAAAUUUAGUUUAUAUUAUUUAGUCUAUAAUGGUCCAUUUAAUUUAAUGAAAAAUGUUUAAAAGUUCAUGCAGACAUGCAUAGCAAUGCUGUACUUUGCCAUUUCAGAUUCAUGCAGCUCAAGUGAUCUAUAUAAAGAGUGGUAUAAGAAUUCUGAAAAAGAUUUUUUGAAGGUAUAUCACUGAACACUGGUGUUUUAUGCUCCCUGAUGACACCUAUUAACUUGAUGUGACUGUCAAUUUCGUUUUGUUAGUUUUGGCAGCGAGUGUUGAACUGUGAAGAGAUUAAACAACUGUUGCCUAAAUUUGAUAAGACAAUAGAAGAACAUGAUACAGAUUUCUUAUUCAACCUUGAUGCAACUAGCACACAGUAUAAAGACUUCGAACUGCAAAGAGUGCUACAGGUAAAAAAUCUCCCUAGAGGUCCAGUAAGGCUAAUCUCUUAUUGAUCCAGUGUUACUACAGGAGGAAACCUAAACUAAACUAACUUUACAGUAUUUAUACUGGAUAGCUCUAUCAGUUCUAAACUGUUCUUCCUAGAUGUCCAGUAAGGAUCAUCUCUUAUUGAUCCAGUGUUACUACAGGAGGAAACCUAAACUAAACUAACUUUACAGUAUUUAUACUGGAUAGUUCUAUCAGUUCUAAAGUGCUCUUCCUAGAGGUCCAGUAAGGAUCAUCUCUUAUUGAUCCAGUGUUACUACAGGAGGAAACCUGAACAAAACUAACUUUAUUAAUUUUAUACUAGGUAGUUCUAUCAGUUCUAAACUGUUCUCCCUGGAGGUCCAGUAAGGAUCAUCUCUUAUUGAUCCAGUGUUACUACAGGAGGAAACCUAAACUAAACUAACUUUAUUUAUACUGGAUAGCUCUAUCAGCUCUAAACUGUUCUCCCUAUUUUAGGUCUGCACCAUAUUGCACAAUUUCUCAUUUGACAGAAUGAACGCUUCCGUUCUCUCAUCACAUCCAGUUUGUAUCAGGUAUGUACUACGUCUAUAAACACACAAUUGACAUUUCUGUGUAAAGACCAAAAGUUAUCUUACCUUGUUGAUCUUAUCAUUUUUUCAGAUUCCUAAUGUUCUGCUUGCAUUGUAAUAUUGGCUCACUGAAGAAAUUGGCCACAGAUACAAUCACAAACCUUGCAGAUAAGGUACACUUUCUAUCUUGCCAUGCAGGGCCAUCAAAUUUAGAAUUUAUUUGGAAUAAGAUAUGGUUGCCAACUUUAUUACCAGGAAUCCCUGAAUCAAUGAAGACAAUAAAUUGAUCUCUGCAUUCGUGAAUUAUGUAAUAAUUAUCAUACGUGACAAUUUGUGAAACUCUCUGUUCUAAAUAUAAUAGAGACCUUAAGAUGUAGGACGGCAAACCGACGACAACGGCCAAGACAAAUUCACCCAAAUAAUGAUUGUAAAGAACUCUUAUCAUGUAUAUUAUCAAUCGUAUGAACUUAUUACAGCUUCAAUAGAUCAAAACAGUCGCUUUUUAUUGAGUAGAGUUCGACAUUAGUACUGAACCAAUUUGCUGAGUAUCCACUCCUUACGUACUAAAAUGCAACUGAAUAUCUAACACUUUUCUGGUUUGCUAUGCUUGUAAAUGAAUAUAAACUCUACGUCUCAAUUCAAAAAAGUUCGAAAGAUGCAAAAUUUGGGCAAUGUUUAUAUCUGGGGGUCCCCCUUUGUUAUGAGCAGAACUGAUGCGCAGAACGGAGUGGACAUCAUCUUUAAGGUCUCUAAUAGCGAGCUUAAGCAUCUAGGACGGCAACACGACGAUGACGGCCAAACCAAAUUCCUUCAAAUAAAUGAUAGUAAAGAAAACUUGUCGUAUAUUAUAAUUCGUAUGAAUUUAAUACAGUAUAAGAAGUUGAAAACAUUGGCUUUAUGUUUGGGAAGAGUUCUACUGAUCGAAUUUUAAGUUGCACUUGUUACGCCUUGAAAUGCAGGCGUUGUAUAAAAGACGUGAAAAUCUGUGAUUUGCCGUUGUAAACAGACGACGACUACGCCUGAAACUCCCCUGGGACUUUAAUUAUUUAUUUACUUUUCAUUGACUCCUUGUAUUGGUUGCCGUCGUCGUCUUGUUGCCGUCCUACAUGCUUAAGCUCCCUAUUCUCACCGCGAGGACGACCUUGAAAAACGUGGUUGCAUUUUGCAAUCUGGUGCCUGGUCAUUUCAACCCCUGUUUGUUACAGUGGUUUGCUAAUUCAGUCAAUCCAUUGUAUCCUAGAUGAUCCUAGAGCCACUGGAAUCCUUGAAUUCUCAAUUGUUUUUCUUCAUGAUCGCUCGAUACCUUCGUGAUGCUGAUCGUCACAACAGAAUAUGUGGUGAGUCUAUUUAUCUCCAUCUGUGUUGUAAGAUUUAGUGAGUUUCAUUGCUGCUAGGUUUUAACAUAGAACUUAAUAGAAUAGAUGCUAAAACUGUCUGUACCAGUGUGGGUAGUACCAAUGUGAAAAUGCUGUGCUGAGUGGUUAUAUUAAAAAAUAAGCAGAAACUCGACGUUUCGAGCGAAGGCCCUUCGUCAAGAAGGUUUAGAAACUCAUUAGAAUAACAAUAUAACUCAUUAUCUGUGUUAGUCAACGUUUAUUCAUAAAUCUGGUCGUUCAUCGUCACGUGCGUAUUGUGUUUUUACCCAACUAACCAAUAGCAAUGUCUUAGGAAAGUUACCCAAUCCGUGACUCGAACAAUAGGGUAAAUUGGAAAUUGCUAUUGGUGAAUUUGGCAAAAAUACAAUACACACGUGACGGUGAAGGAACAUGUUUAUGAAUAAACAUUGACUAAAGCCCGUUUCAGACGGCGUACUUCUCAUGUGCCGAACUUAAUUGAUGAAUUAGGUACGGCAGAAGAGCGACGUAUGAAUCAAUUAAGUACGGCAGAAUUUGGAGCGGCAAAAGUUCGACACAAGUUCGGCAGAGCUUGUCGCAUUAUGCGACGUUGGAGCGACAUUGAUUCAUACGCCGCUCCACUCAUGUGCCAAACUUAAUUCAACUUUGGUCUAAAAAUAAACUUAUUUAUUUUGAAUUUUAUUGAGGUUUCGCUGGCGAAUGCGCCCCAACCUUGUCAAUAACAUUGUAUUUGGUACGCCGUUUGAAUCACUGCCGUUCUUGUGUCGCAUCUAAUACAAUUAAGUUCGGCACAUGAAGAGUACGCCGUCUGAAACGGGCCUAACAUAGACAAUGAGUUAUACUGUUAUUAAGUUCUUUGUAUGUUUGCAUGGCGAUAAAACAUAUAAUAAUUUUUUUGUGGAAACACCACGAAAAUGUAUUACUGCAGUAAUAAAUUAACGUGGUGUUUCCACUAACAAACCAUUAUAUACGGUUAUUCUUAUGAAUUUCCAAACCAUCUAUUCUACUGUAUUAACUGUGGUUUUAAUAAGUGCUGCAGAGCAACACGUGCAUGAUAGUCAACUUUAGAACGAACAAACAAAUUGAACAACGUUUCUCAAAUCCAUUUACUAUUUCCCACUGAAAACAAAACUGCUAUUGCCACCACAUACAAGGCGACUACAUAUGCUCCUGACCAGAAUAAACAUUAUUUUCUCACUCUGAUAACUGUAGGUUCACCACCAUGCGCGAUAAUGCUUCGUGGAACUCACGUAGAAUUAUACGACUAAAUUUACAAUUAUAUCUCUAAGUUUUCUUUCAUUCAGGCAUGAAUAUUUUGAAGAAAGUGUGUUUGCAAGAAGAGAAUCAGGACUUCGUAUGUACAGCACUUGAUGUGGAAACCUAUGAAGCACUCAUCACUGUUCUUAUUGUGGAUGAUGUUCAGGUAUUAACGCGACGUUGUUAUGUACAGUCGAACUUUGGUUAUAAGGCUCAUGCAUGGCACUUCUCUAGAGAUCACACUGCACAGAGCCUUGGUUAACCUUAACAUGAAGUAGGCGAUCAUACUGACGAAGUUUGAUCAUCUGAUUAUCAAUUUCUCAUUUGUAAUGCAAAAUGACUGAAAAACGGCAAACUUCGCAGGGCUAUAUUAUCCGCAUUUUACAACAUUUCGCAACGAAACUUCGGAAUAUUACUAAUUUUGUGAUGCUCUUUCAAGCUGUGAUGAAAUUUUGAUCUAGACUUCUCUAGAUCAAAAUUUCACUCAUAUAAAGGGGAAAGGUCUAUUGGCUGUAUACGUAUAUGCAUAGGGUAUCUGUUGCAUUGUGACUAUAAGACAGUAAUAUCUUUUGUGAGAUAGUUGUACGUUAUACAGUCAAACUUUGGUUAUAUACAUGUAUGCCACACACUUGAGUAGUUCUGUAGUUCAAAGAAACCCAGCAAUUCGUACCAGUCACUGUUAGUCCAUGUUUUCAUAAUGAACAUUUUUCAUCUAAAUUUAAGCUGUUGAUUCCAUCACUUGAAACUUUGUAUCAGUUGACGUGUCUUGGUCAAGUACCCUGCGAUUGUGUUGUUGCUGUCGAGAAAAGCAUUGGUGAGUUGAAACUACAUCCAAAAUGUUAAGCAAUUCUUAAGGAUUCUUUAAGCACAUAUUUUUCAUAUCUUUUUAAAGGAGGGGUGGAAACAUUUCUAGUGGGGUGCAAGCGGCACCACUGAGCGACUUCGGCAGGGGUUAGGGUUAAAGACUUUCACACAAAAUAGGAGGGGUGAAGCGAAAUUUUGAUGGGGUUGAACACUUUAUAAUAGAGCUAAUCAUAAAGCCACAAGCAUUAGACAAGACUUUUUGCUAUAAAUGUAAUGUCACUAAAGGGGAGGCCGGUCGCGCGGGGGUGCGCAAAUUUUCAGAAAAAAAGUUUUUAAAAAGUUUAAAAAGUUAGAUUUUCAAAAAAGUUUAAAAAGUUAGGGUUAGGGUUACUGGUUAGGCUAGGGUUGGGGAUAGGGUUAGUGUUAGGGGGUUGAUGCCGCGAAUUUAUCAUUAUGAUAAAUUCAAAAUGUGCCGCGAAUUUAUCAUAAUGAUAAAUUCGGACGUGUUUAAGAAUUUACUCGUAUAGUAAAUUCAAAGGUGGAGCUCAUGCUGUUCUAUUCAGAAACCAAAGAAAGUAAUCGAUAGGUGAUUGUAAUUGCAUGAUAUGAUAUUUUGAAAAUUUACUAAACUUUCUAGAAAUGCUGGUCUCUAUUCUUCAUCUUUGCGUGGAGUCAUUUGGGGCGGAGAUGUUGGCUGAUGUGAAGAUUAUCGAUAACCAUCAUGGAGUAGCUAUGGGUAGGCAUACUACUACAUAAUUUGCUUGUGUGAUGUUACUCUAAGUGUAUAUCCACACCGGGCAGGCUUGAAAAAUAUGCCUGGCCACGGUGGGAUUCGAACCUACGACCUUUGGAAUACUAGCACAAUGCUCUGCCAACUGAGCUACGCGGUCAGGUCGGUUCGAGUAAGUGAUAUUUCGGAACUGAGUCUAGUUUCUUUGAUAUCAAUCUAAUCUAGUAAUCAUGAUAAUUGCUGUGUUGGUGUAAUGUACUCAGGUGAAUAGGAUGCUUGUGAUGUUACUCUGAGUGUAUAUCCACACCGGGCAGGCUUGAAAAAUAUGCCUGGCCACAAUGGGAUUCGAACCUACGACCUUUGGAAUACUAGCCCAAUGCUCUGCCAACUGAUCAAGCCUGCCCGGUGUGGAUAUACACUCAGAGUAACAUCACACAAGCAUCUUAUUCACCUGAGUACAUUACACCAAUACUACAUAAUUGCCACAACGAUAUUGAAAUUGGCGGCAACAGAGGGGCACCUGGGAAUAGCGAACCUAAUGCAACGUUUUUGACAACUCGCACGCCAACCGGAAGGAAGUAAAGCCGUUACAAAUGACGUCAGCAGUUCUUGUUUGAAAUGAAGAACGGGAGCCAGUGUAGUUUCCCGUUCGCGAUUUCAAACAUGAACGGCUUUCACCAUCACUCGCCAUCCAUAACAACUCGAUGAACUUUCGUUAGGCGUACGUGUUGUCGACAACGCCGCUUGCUCUCUAAAUUAGUAUGUUGGCAACUAAAUACGCACCCCAAGUCUCUGCUUUAAUAUUAACGUGUAUAUAAAUUUCUCCCUCACACAGUUCCAAAUGUAUCCGGUAAUAAGCAAUCAUCCAACAAGCUGUUGGCAAACAGUCCAGAUCCAAGACAGAAGUCAGAUGCUGAGUCUGAAGCCACUGCACGACAUUGGUAAGUUAGAACCUGUUGAACGUACUUUUACUGGAUAGCUCUAUCGAUUCUAAAUUGUUUUAUCCAGAGGUCCAGUAACAGUAAGGAUUAUCUUAUAUUAAUCCAGUGUUACUACAGGAGGAAACUAAACUAACUUUAUUUAUACUGGGUAGAUCUAUCAGUUCUAAACUGUUCUCCCUAGAGGUCCAGUAAAGAUCAUCUCUUAUUGAUCCAGUGUUACUACAGGGGGAAACCUAAACUAAACUAACAUUAUUUAUACUGGAUAGCUCUAUCAGGUUCCGUCUAAAGCAAAAUCGUAAUGAGACAACUGUUACUGUAUGUACCAGGAAUGAAACCUCUGAUGUUGAAAGGCACUCACCCAGUAUUUCAACAUUUUUUUAGGCUUCGCAACGUGUACGAGUUUGAUAUGUCAAGCACGGUGCUCCAGCGAGACCUUUACGCUGAUUACGUCACCUCGUGUGGCAAAGCGACGAGAAACGUACUCAAUGUUCCUUCAUUUUAUAAACUUAUAAAGUAGGUCCUGUACAUUGAUACUAGACAUCUCAUACUUCACUAUAGUUAUAAAACUUGUGCCAGUCAUUGUGAUUCUUCAUUUCUUUCAUAUAUUUUACCCAGGUCUGCCCACCCCAACAUACAGAUCGUGAUACUAAACAUCUCAUACUUCACUAUAGUUAUAAAACUUGUGUCAGUCAUUGUGAUUCUUCAUUUCUUUCAUAUAUUUUCUUUCAUAUAUUUUACCAAGGUCUGCCCACCCCAACAUACAGAUCGUGAAACUGACCGCAGCAAAUCAACAGCUUUUUGGCGUGGUUGGACUGCGACGGAAGCUCCCCCCUGGACAAUACUUUAUGCAAACUUCCAUCCAUCAUGGAGCGCGUGUGCCGCAGGGGGGGACACCACCUCAGCUACGUCAGUCAAGAACAACCUCGCCGCCGAUGGCCAUGGAUACCAGUCACGUGCCUAGCACACCUACCCCGCCAAUGAGAACUGAAGGACUGGCAACAAACAUAUCAAUUCGUCCCCAAUCUCCUUCGCUACCCGGCCAAAGGCAUGACGUAAUAUUUCCUAAUGCGAGGCCCAGUCCUCAACCGAGUAGUAUACAAUUACCGAUAAGACCCCCAGCAAACUCGGGUCCAGUUGCUCAACCGAGCGGCAUGUCGGCAUCGGAAUUUCUGGGAAGCUUAGUAGGGACCAGACAUCCGCUUCCAAGUUUCUCAAACUUGGUUUCCUCUUCGGCUCCAACUAUGACAUCAUCAAGUCCUAGGCAGAUAUCUGUUGAUGCCCGUUUGCCUGAUUUGGUUGCGGGUAAAGCGGGUCAGGUUGUGACGUCAUCACCUAAAACUGAAGGCCUCCCUAAAUCCCGAAUGCCUGACGUGGUUGUGGGUGUUGCGGGUACGGCAAACGGAGAUAGGCUUCUUGGGUCAUGUGAGCCAGCGAACUCGUCAGACAAAUGUGAUGUGGGCCAGCCUAAGAAUACUGAUCAGUCUGCUUUGACGAAAGUUUCUCAGAAUAAGGCGUCUGUGAGUUCUCAGAAAUUACCAAGUGUGGUGAAGAAAACUUUGCUCGUCAAUGAUGGCACGGUGGAGGUGAAGUUGAAAUGUCAAGCUGCAGUUGUGAAUACCUCGCCAGCAAAAUUGCCUGCUGUGAACGGGUGAGAAGAUUCUUUCUAUAGCUUUCUCAUGCAGGGGAGGGUUUAGAUGGGGGGGGGGGGUCUGAGAAUCACUAAACGGUAAAAGUUUUGGUAUUUUAAAGGGGCAAUGUUACCGCAAAUUCAACCCUCGCAAAUGUUGCCCAAAACUGAAAAAGAAUGAGUGUAAGCACAAAAUAAAGCAAGAACAGACACAAAAAACAUGGACAGAAGUCUGGAUGGGCAAGAUUACGCCAGGAUUGAGAUGGAUUGUAAAUUGCAUCUUGAUUAAUUGUUGGCAGACACUUUUUCAAGUUUUAGUCAAUUUUUAUGAAAAUCUCAGUUACAUGUUGCGUGGAAGUUCAAAGUUGUUUAAUAUGACUCAUAUAUCAUAACUUAAUCCAUUUACAAUGUUUAUUUUUAACUUUGUAGUUGAGUUUUUGAAUAAAAGGCAUUUUAGGUAAAAAAUCGGUGACAUUGCCCCUUUAACGGUAACAAUAUUCAAUUCAAGCAAUUCAAUUCAAGCAAUUUUUAAUCAGGAAGCCUACGUCACAAUAAUGUGUUUUUCAGUAGGGUCCUGCUAAACUACAAAAAACUUUACAGUGUUAAUUAAAUAUAAGUAUAGUAAUGCUAUUUAGAAACUAGGCUAAAUAUAUAAGGAUAAUUAAAACUAGGUAUCAAUAAAGCUAUUUAAGUAGACUUUAAAAGUUUGAAGGUCUUUUGCUUCACGAAUUUCUUGGGGCAAUUCAUUCCAGUCAUUGUAACAUUUUGGUAUUUUAAAGAGGAAGUCAAGUCCAUAUGUAAACAAAUGGUUUGUUUACAUUUUGAACUGCUGUAUUUUUUUUAAAAUAUGAUGUACCGUCUGAAUAUCUAACACCAUUUUGGAUCGCUAUGCUUCAAAAUGAAUAUGAAAUAGAGUUUAUGUUCAGAAAAAUUCGAAACAUUCGAAAUUUGGGCAAUGUUUACAUUAGAGAGUCCUCACAUUGUUAUGAGCAGAACCGAUGCGCAGAACGGACUUGACUUCCACUUUAACGGUAAAUCUUUGAAAAGUGUUCUGAAACGAUAAACAGUAUUAUUUUUCCCCUCACGAUUCACGCUAAAUUUUUAGUGUUUUCACGACUGACGGUAACCGAAAAUGAGUGAAUCACGACUCACGAUAUAACCCAUCAACACUCUCUUGCAGGUUUCAGAAAUUAUUUGGCCAUGAUGCUACCUCCAUAGGCUAAGGGCAGAGCUCAAAAUAACCGGAGAUAGGUCCCCGGUCAAAAUGACCGGUCAACUUGAUUUUAGCUCGCUCAAAAUCUGUUUUUGACCGGUCAUUGAUACGCUUACACUAACAGUGAAACAAACUAUCAGAAACUUGUUUCGAUCAUCAUAGUUUCAUGUUUUAAUUCAAGACGUCAGUAAUCACAUUGGAAGACAUGAACAUAUGGCCGUUCAAAAUGACCGUUGAGGUAAAAAAGUGACCGCUCAAGAGGCAUUUUUGUGCGUUGGCCGUCCGUUAUUUUGAGCCCUGAAAGGGUUAAGCCCAAAAUCCCAUGUACGUGUAUAUACAUGCCUCUAAUGUUAAUAUAUGUCAAUGGGAAAGUGAUUUUGAAGUUUGAUUGUAAUUUUGUCUUUUCCAGUGGUCAAACCAACGGCGUACUUUAUGUCGGCAAAGAAGAACGUGCGACAAAAAUGGCGCCCGAAGGCCACGAAGUCGUCAUUUCUGUCGUGGAGAAUCCGCGAAAACAAUCUACGGGACCGAGCGAGGAAAUGAACAGCGAGAGCCUGGCACUCGGCAAAAAGCGACCUAAGGCAAUGAUAAGUGAUAUCACAGCAGCAGACAUGCCUGAUUCUGCACUACAUAUCAAUACCAAUGGACCUUUUACCGCUAGCGAAAUGUUACGGAACGUGGCGAAGAGGCAGCGAAGACACUCCGAAGAUGCGUCGCUUGUGAACGGAACGGCGGAGCAGAAAGGUCCGAUGGCUUGGGACGAGCUAGUGAGGGCACAGCCUAAACCAUUGGUGGUGACCUCACCAAAGUUACCCAUUGCUGUAAAUGGGGUGCGGUUAGACAUUUUACCUGAGCAUGUAAAAGAUUAUGAAUUAAAAGCUGACCUGAGCACGAACUCUGAGAAAAUGCUACAUACCAAACCUAAUAACCCCCAUGGUAAUAUGGCGAAUACUGCCAAUCUUGGUAACCAUGGUAAUGUGACGAAUACUACUCUUGGUAAUGUGACGAAUACUACUCUUGGUAACCAUGGCAGUACGACGAAUAUUACUCUUGGAAACCAUGGUAACGUAACGAAUGCUAGUAGCCUUGGUCACGUGACAAAUACUACUAUUGGUAACCAUGGCAAUACGACGAAUACUACGGCAAAUCAGAGUGGAUUGAAAUCUCCGGGAGUACCUACUACGAACGUUGUUCCAGGAAGUUUGCCUCCAGUGACGACACAGGGACAAAGCUCGGGUGGUAAUGCGGUGACUCGAAGUGAUACUAUUACGGUCGGGGUUACGACCCCUAAGGAUCAAAAUGCGGGUGAUAGUCCCCGAGGGGAGCAAGUUGCCAGUGUUGUGCUGCCAUAUAGAUGUUUGUGGGCUGCUUGUAAUUGGUAAGUUCUGUUAGAUUUUAUAUUUAAUAGGGUCUGUUCCCUUACUGGGACCUCUAGGCUGAACAGAACUAUGGAGUUAUCCAGUACAAAGUUAGUUUAGUAUAUAGUUUAGAUUCCCAAGUUCCCUGGUUUAAACGAUGCUUUUGUUUUCAGUUCGUUCGCCAACUCGAAACUGUUGUACAAUCAUGCGGUGAGCGCACACGCACCUGUGGAUCAGAUGUUUACUUCAUGUCAGUGGGAAGGUUGUACUCAUGUACGCCGAUCGAGAGCAUCACUUCUAUUUCAUUUGAGGGUAAGUACAACUGCUCUGUUCGUUUCCAGUUCAAUUCCUGCAAUAUACAGUUGUCUCAAUAUAAUUUCAUCUCAGUUUAGAACUGAUAAAGUUAUCCAGUAUAAAUAAAGUUAGUUUAGUUUAGGUUUCCUCCUGUAGUAACACUGGAUCAAUAAGACAUGAUCCUUACUGAACCUCUAGGAAGAACAGUUUAGAACUGAUAGAGCUAUCCAGUAUAAAUAAAGUUAGUUUAGUUUAGGUUUCCUCCUGUAGUGAUACUGGAUCAAUAAGAGAUGAUCCUUACUGGACCUAUAGGAAGAACAGUUUAGAACUGAUAAAGCUAUCCAGUAUAAAUAAAGUUAGUUUAGUUUAGGUUUGUAAACGCUCGUAUACGCUUCUUCAGCAUUGCAAGUUUUCAUAUUUCGUAUUUUUAUUUUAACUACAGCAACGACAUUUGACUCCAACUCAGGCUAAAGAUCCAAACCUCGUUCCCAAACCACAGAAAGCGUCACCGCCUGUAGGUCUCAUUCCUCCGCCAACCGGUGCGCAGCCAACUACAGCUCCAGCGCACGGACGUCCUGUAUUCCCGCCACAUCCAUCCGUUAAUCCAUUAUUGCUGAAUUUAAAGGAACAAUUAUUACAGGUUGGUUUCUAUGUAGUUUAGGUUUCCUCCUGUAGUAACACUGAAUCAAUAAGAGAUGACACUUACUGGACCUCUAGGAAGAACAGUUUAGAACUGAUAGAGCUAUCCAGUAUAAAUAAAGUUUGUUUAGUUUGGUUUCCUCCUGUGGUAACACUGGAUCAAUAAGAGAUGACUCUUACUGGACCUCCAGGAAGAACAGUUUAGAACUGAUAGAGCUAUCCAGUAUAAAUAAAGUUAGUUUAGUUUAGGUUUCCUCCUGUGGUAACACUGGAUAAAUAAGAGAUGACUCUUACUGGACCUCUAGGAAGAACAGUUUAGAACUGAUAGAGCUAUCCAGUAUAAAUAAAGUUAGUUUAGUUUGGGUUUCCUCCUGUAGUAACACUGGAUCAAUAAGAGAUGAUCCUUACUGGACCUCUAGGAAGAACAGUUUAGAACUGAUAGAGCUAUCCAGUAUAAAUAAAGUUAGUUUAGUUUAGGUUUCCUCCUGUAGUAAUGCUUAGUUUUCUUUUUCUUGUAGACGGAACAGGAGUCGCCAUUAACAAAAUCCAUUCGACUAACGGCGGCUCUCGUUUUAAGAAACAUCGCCAAAUACUCGCCGUCUGGCAGGAGGUAGGAAUGAACCUUACUCCUCUAAGAAGAACAGUUUAAAACUGAUCGAGCUAUCUGAUGUAAAGUUAGUUUAGUUUAGGUUUUUUGCUGCAGUAACACUGGAUCAAUAAGAGACGAUCUUUACUGGACUUUUAAGAAGAACAGUUCAAAACUGACAAAACUAUUCAGUAUACAUAAACUCAAUAAUUUAGUUGUGUUGAAAAUAUCGUUUGUUUCCAUUUUGUAGAAAAUUAAAACGUUUCGAGACAUCGUUCACGCAGAUAAUGUGUUCAAAGCUGGAAUCAAACGGCGCCAUUGCAGCUUGUCUUCACGAAAUGACGAGACCGCGGCAAGAGGACAAUGUCCCGAAGAGAUGACCUUUUGACGUUCGCAAGAGAAAUAGGGCAGUAUUAUUUAUUUAAUCAAACUAUUGAACGUUUUGUUUGCCAGUACAGUUAUCUCAGCCGGUGGAAUUAUUGAUAUUUUGUUUUUUUUCACUAAGCACUAUCGGUGCAGCAGAUGCUGGUCUCAACCGCAAGUUACCAGAGUGAGAAAAUAACAUUAUGGUUUAAUUUUCUUGCUCUUAAUAAAGCAGUGUUUACACUAGAGAUAUAUACCUUACCUAGGACCGACCUAAAACGAUUAGUCUUGCAGCGUAAACGCACUAGGAGUGACGUAAGACUGACCUAUGACCAUAGAUAUCUUAUAUACACUAGAUAGCGCAUCUCUUUUAGUAAAAUUGAAGGCAAGAAUAUUCCAGCGGUUACCCCCAUUUGAAUAUAUGGCGGCCAUGUUGGUCGUUCCCACUUGCUAAUAAACGCUUAAAAACAACAAUAGCUUUCAUCAUUUGAAUACUUUAAAAACGUAUUUGGAAUAGGGUUAACUUAAUGUUUAAAAACUAGUUUCAUAUUAAUCUGACACUGCAAUCGAGCAACGAAAAAUUCGUUGGCUCGAGCGGGAUUUGAACUCGCAUCUUCGGGUAUCUAAACCGCCGCUCUACCUAUUGAGCUAUCGAGUCAACAGGGAUUGGUAGCGAGUCUUAUCCAAUUUAAGUGCACGAAAUAUUUUCGUGACGACUUAACGCUUGUCUUAGAGAAUGAUGCGAGUUCAAAUCCCGCUCGAGCCAACGAAUUUUUCGUUGCUCGAUUGCAGUGUCAGAUUAAUGUUUAAGUUCCCUGUUUAAGAAAUAGAAAACAUACGAGUCUUCUCAUUUCAUGGGAACGACUUGAGUCUGCAAUCACGGCUUCAAAUUUUGAAUUGUAUAUAAGAUGUCUAUGCCUAGGACCGACCUAAGACUUUCAGGCCAAGCAUCAGAGGUAUCCUGAAAACAUAGUCUUAGGUAAGUCUCAGGUCAGGACUCCAGUGUAAAUACAUUUUCACUGACCCAAGACGUGGUUCGAGGCCAAUUUUCAUGAUAACAGAAGUAAAAUUGGAGCCUUUGAUGUCAGCGUUAUAUGUUCCGCGUAUGUAAGGGUCUAAUGGACCAAUUCCCUAAUGAACAAAAUUUUGAUCUAGAUAAGUCUAGACAAAUAUUUCAUCACAGCUUGAAAGAGCAUCGCAAAAUUAGUAAUAUUCCGAAGUUUCGUUGCGAAAUCUUGUAAAAUGCGGAUAAUAUAGCCCUGCGAAGUUUGCCGUUAUUCAGUUAUUUUGUAAUACGCACGGGAAAUUGAUACCGCUUUCUGAAAAAAGGUAUCAAUUUCCCGUGCGUAAUACAAAAUAACUGAAUAAUGUAUAAUACAAAAUAACUGAAUAAUAUUUGUCUAAACUUGUCUAGAUCAAAAUUUUGUUCAUUUAUAGGGAAUAGGUCCAUUCAAUUGGUCUCGGGGCUUUAGCCGGGCAUCUAGUGUAAACACACCGCGUUGGGGCCCAGUUAGGUACUUCUCUUGUGCAUGUAAGUCUCAGGUGAAUUUCAGUCUCUAGUGUCAACACAGCGUAAGUACAGAAUACUACACAGAAGCCAAUCUCCAUUGGUUUUUUGCGUAAGCGCUAUUCGUCAUGAUUCGUCACUCAGCAAGUACCCUAAACAGAAGUAGUCCCCCCGCCCCUGGAAAUAUCCAAAAUGACGCUGUGUGGGAGAAAGUCAUAGAUAUUUCCAGGGGGGGACUACUUCUGUUUAGGCUACUUCUGUGUAGUAUAUUGUGCCCUUACUACCAAGGAACAUUUGGCUUUAUUUUCUCUCAAAAACUCUCUCCUGUAAGUAUUGUGUCUAUGUACAUAUGUAUUUAUUUCAUAAAAUCAUUGCUCUCAAUCUAUACAUCCUGCUUGUCCUACACUGAUCUGUUAAAUAUUACUGGAUUAACAAUAUAUUGUUUAGCGUUAUCUCCCAAAAGACAAGUUAGAUCCAGACUAUUUGAGAUCAGUUGCCAAUGUCUGCGUCAAAUGAGAAGACCAUCCGCAUGCAAAACGAAGGUCUGUGCAACGAAGGUCUGUGCUCAGGCUAAGAAGACCAGGCUAGACACAGAAUAGUCCAGUAAUAUUUAAAGAUCAGUGUUGGAUAUGUCGACCCUUGACCACACAAGAUUUAUUUAAAGUUAUUAAAGUUUUCAAAGAUUGUCUAAUACGACAGUGUGUUGAUAG